AUGUCGGCUUCUUCUCAGACGAAGACCGAUAUCAAUUCUCAUCGUACGGCGUCGACGAACUCGCAAGCAGGGUCCGCGAUAACUCAGACAACUGUCAGCCAAGCUGGAUCUUGGGCCGCUCCUGGUUUCGGCGUCGAGAUUAGUCGAUGGAGCGAUGAUACACCAACUGAAUCAAGCAUUUCUGCAAGAGCCACUGAGGCAGGGCUCUCCGGCGCUCGAAAUUCCGCCACUGCAUCCGUUCUCAGUAGGAGCUCAUCAGCCUCGGGAGGAAGUACUGCUAGCAGCCAGGCUGCCGUUUCCGCCGAGCGACAAAGAACUCUGAGCGCAUUGGAAUAUGGUGCGCCGCGCGCUCCAGCUUCGGAAAGGGUUUGCGAAAGUGUGGUGGGAGGCCUCUUGGGUAAUAACACAGCAUGUCAACAACUGAGCAGCUCUGGGUCUGCUGCGCAGCAGGCGAGGAGAAAGGAUUAA